GUGAUGUUGAAGGCAGAGCUUUCACUUUGAGGACACUAGUGGCGGAGGCAGUGUGCACGGACGGUGUAUUAAGGCACAGAUUUGGAAGAGGAGUUUCUGUUCUACUCAAGCAACACCAGUUGGUGUUGGUGUGGAAAUUAUCAAGAAACUUACUAGCAAGACAGGAGAUGAUGGGACAAUGCAGCUGGACCUGAAAACCAGCGCCUCUCAAGAGGAGAGCCUUACAGAUCAUUACAUCAUACUCAGGACCCUUGGCAAAGGGACAUUUGCAGAGGGAAAGCUGGCCUGCCACCUCCACACAGAGGUGCAGGUUGCCAUCAAGAUCCUGGAAAAUGGUGAGAAUACUGACCACAACAACAAAACUGAAAUCGACAUUGUGAAGCCGCUGGACCACCCAAACAUCAUCAAGGUGUUCCACAUCAUCAACACCAAAGAGCACACCUAUAUGGUGAUGGAGCAUGCUUCUCGGGGAGAUCUGGAAAGUGACAGCAGGCUGGAAGGAAAUGGGUAUCAGUGUGGACGGAAUGCUGGGAUGUUGCUCCACUUUGGAAGGCGGGUUUUGCUGGCCUGUCCUGGGGCACAGUGGACACAUGACUUAGGCAGCAGUCUUGGAACUACAUUUUAUCUAGAUCCCACAUCAGAGAUCAGCCCUAGACAGAGCAAUAAUGACCAUAGAGUUAGGGCAUUCAGCCAGGCUGUCUGCUUGAAUGUCCUCCUGUGAAAGUUGUCUUUGGUGGUGUUUUGGACAACCUUCAGGCACGUCACUACUCUCUUCAAUGAAAAGCAGACACUCAGAAGGGACUGAUUGCCAGGUCUCAUUGUAAGCCUCACAUGGCUGAAGGUAUCACUGAGACCACUAAGUUUAAUCCAGUUGUAUGAGAGAGGUUUCUGUGAUCUGGUUUAGCCUUGACACUUGUAUACAGACAAAUAAGCAUGAUCUGCCACAGCCAGCCUUUUCAAUUCCAAGGAAAGUGGUCGGUGAGUUCAUGAUGCAUAGAAACAAAGAUAAAGUCAGAAAUCAGAGACAUGGAUUCAGAAGGAUCUUGGGAUAACUUGGGGCAAGUAUCACAACUCUCCAGUCUGACUCUCUGUCCCCAAACCCUUACAGAGGAAUAGUUUGUGGAGAAGAGGGUGAACAUUUUCUUACACUUGUAUGGGAAGACAGGCUGUCUGCCACUGGCCAGCUACUUAGUCUGUAAUGGACUAAAGAACGUGAGCAGGAUGAUGUACACAGCCUUGCAAGGAAAACCAGCUCAGAGGCUGAG